GACAUUUCACUGAGCUCCAGAUAGGCUCAGCGUUCCGGAGUGCAGGUUUCCUUUCGCACAUCCUCUCUUCUUCCAUUUCUCCUUCUACACCUGAGUGUCCGGAGUAGGUCGGUUCCGCACAGGAUAAACGUUAGCCCUUUGAAUUAUUUCCCCAACGACACCAACCGACUACAGAAGCCUCAAGACAUCGCUUGGUCUGGCGUUACUGGUGUGAACUGCCCAGUUUCGAGUUGGCACCGUUGUAGAUAUCGCUGGCAGCAGUGACUCGUACCGGCAUUUCGUCUUCACUUGUCGCGCCAUGGAUCUGGUCUCACAGCGAGCGGCGCAGCAAAGCGGUCGGCGAGUUGUGGAAUAUCGUGGCCACUCGCCGCCCGGGUUCAACAUGGGAGUCCUGCCGUUCUACGGAUUUGUGGCACAUAUGGCAGUUGACACGGAUGGUAGCGACCAGGAGAAGCAAACGGAUGACGUAUGCAAUAGAGUUCCAAGCCAGAAGGAAGAAGUAUCUGGCAAAUCUGGGCAAUCCAAGGAAGCUGCUGUUGAAGGCGAGGCAGGGCAAGACACCUAUCAAGAUGAAGGAAUAAGACACAGUACAGCCCCUCACUCUCCUAGUCACCAUUCUCAGGGCAAGUGCCGCUCGAAACACAAGCGACAGGGUAAGAUACGCCGACCCGUGCCUGUGAAGCUAACGCGACACGCCGUUGAGAAGAUUGGCCGGCGGAACAUGCUGCUGCGCAAGACUUGUCAGUACGUGAUGAACCACGCCAAGGAUGGGAAGUUUCUCCGACAUGACUUCAGCAAAGUAACCAAUGAUGAAGGUGAUAAUAAGGCUGGACGGCUACCCUCGUUCAUCCAUCCCGCUAUCACUCCAAACAUCAGAAAUGUCCUGGGAAUGAAGAGGAAGGAGAAGGAAAAUGCCGAUGGUGAAGAUGAGGCGAGUACUGCAGUUCCUGCCAUGAGCAACCGUGCGCGUGACAACCCCAGAGCUAAAGAAGACCAUAGCGGACAGGCAAAGACGCAACCAGGAAGGAGAGUGUCCAAAAUCGGUGAAUUUCCCCACCCGGCAAGCACUCCAGUGCUUCGGAAAAUCCUGUCCUCCGAAUCGGCAACUCCGGUAGCAGAAGCCAACAGCUGUAUGUCACGGAAAGAGAGGGUGGCGGCAUCAACGCAGCCUGGUGGAGUGGAGACUCCUGGCCGCUGGCCAGCACCACCAAUGACAACAGUGCACGUGGUUAAAGAGUCCCCUCCAGCAUCACCAGCGCCGUCGGCAGCAGUGGUAAUAGAUUCAUCAUCACCAGCAUCACCAGUGGUGGUGGUGGCGGCAACACAUUCACUGCCGUCGUCACCAGCAGCGGCGAGAGCAGCCGCGCCGCCCAUACCAGCUGCAGUAGCCAGAACACCACUAGCACCCGCAGUAGCAGGUUACAGCAGCACACCACAGGCAGCAGUGGCGCCAGCGCAGAGACCCCCGCCGGUCCAGCAGAUGAGCACCAUGAUGGUGCCAAUCGGGGCACCGCGGCAGCAAUCGGCACCCAUUCAAGCAGCACAUCCCGGUGGCAAUGCUCCCAGGGUGAUCAUUCCAGUGCCAAGUGCAAGUAUACCAGCUCAGCAGCCAAACACUGGUGGUUUGGUACACCCAGGGGCGACCGCACCCUAUCAAGCCGUGGCAACUACCUACGCCACUACGUCACACUCGUAUCCACAUGUACCCGUCCCAACCUCAACUCACGAUAGCGAAAUGGAAGCAGCCGCAGCAAGAGCGGCAGCCAGAGCGCGCACAAUCACACGACCGUCGCCAGCAGAGUGGGCGAAACAGCAGCUGCUGCCCCCGACAACACCUGCGCAGGUCUCCUACACUAGCGUAGGCCAGCAAGCAGGCCCUCAGACCGCUGUAAGCAUGGGCCAGGUGUACGGAGUGCAGCCUCAAUUUGUACCUCUCCAACCGAGCAUGUUCCCACCCAUCCAGCGCAUGCAACACAUCAUCACGCCUGGCCCAAUCCAAGCCGGCACCAGAUUCGUUGCACCCACAGGCGCUGCCCUAACCUAUGCUCCCCUGCACAUGGCCCCAAUGGCAAUGCCAUCGCCGGUAGACAGUGAUGUGGCAUCAAACAUAGCAGCACCGCCGUCAGUGUGCAGCCUAGCACAACGAGAGCACUCGUCCAUGGCGGCUGGGUCUGUGGCCUCGACGCAUCGCUCCUGGACACCGUCGGAGCGCUCCGGAGUGCCGCCAUCACCGGCCUCCGUGAGGUCGCAUGCAGCCAGUAGCAGUGCGGAUGUAUCUGAUAUACUGCCACCGCUGACGUCACUCCAUGCACCAGGGCUCAGUGCAACAGGUAACGACACACAUGGCCGUGAUCAGCAUGGCCGUGAUCAGCGCCAACACAACCUGCCUAGUAGUAGUGCUAGCAACAACAGUGACUUGGCUUUGUCACACCCAGCAUCUACACGGCCUGUCAGCAAUAGCAGAGCAACGAGUAGUCAUGCCGUUACCAAUACACCACUGUCUGGAUCAAUGACUGCGGCUAUAUCGCAGAUGUGGGAUGGCGCAGCACGACCCAUGCCCAUUCAGCCUAAAGACGGCAAGCAUGCCAGAAACACACACCAGUCGGGCAGUGACCAGCCGGAGGAAGGCAAGCGAUCCAAAUCUCACCGCUCUUCGUCACGCGACAGCAGCCGAGCAAUGCGCAAGCGCAAGGAACAGCUGCUGCAGCGGCUCGGCUGGCACGCCAUGCAGGUCCUCUUGCGGCAGUCACAGCAAGAGAAACGGGCUCGCGAGGAGCAGGACCUAUCACAAAGCGAACCACCGCCACUCAUCUCUACCUCGAAUAGAGCUCAUCACGCAGAACAGUAGACAAGACCUUGUUUUCAGCUGAAAUCCAAAUGCAGACCACGAACGUGUGUCCUUAACCUUCAGAAGAAUUUUGGGAACUCUAUCACUUUUGACCUGCUACCCGGCACACACGCGUGGAGCCUGAGUACAGCUAUAAUUGUGCACAGUACUGUUGGAUUUUUGGCAUUUUUGCAGUUAAGAACGGAACUUAUUAUUCACACUCAGGAGUAUAACUCUGCAUACGUAAUUAUAUGUUUGGAUGAUA